GUGUGUCCACGCUUACUAUUGUAAAUUUUCAAGAAUACAAGCUACUUGCUCGACUGUUGAAGAACUCGUUAAAUCAGAUAAAUACACAUCGACCUCCUGUGUGCAAAAUGUCAGUUUACUUGGGCAAUAAAGCAUCAUCCUCAUCUUCGAGUAGCAGUAGCACCAGUUGCAGUACUAGCAGCUUAGGGUCGACGGGAUGUUUUUCGGAAACGAGUUUCAGCUCGUUGAGUACUAUUAUCGCACCUCAAGCUGGCGUCAAACCAUUUGGAGAUCCUGAUUAUAAUUAUUUUUGGAUUCAAAAUCAGUCGAAGACUAAUCCAAAAGCUUCAUACUACUAUAACUACAAAAGCCACAGUGUUGUUUGGAGUAGGCCUCUGCCGAAAACUGUUCCUCUUCCUCUUUAUUCAACUGCAUGGGUUCCUCAGCCAAAAAAUAUAUCAGAGGGUGAAGAAGAGGUAAUUGUUUCAGAUCCUGAAGAUGCUUUUCAAAAACAAAGAAGACUGCAAAUAAAACAGAGAAAUAGACGGCUAGCAUCAGAAAAUAGAUCUGGAACUAUAUAUGUACUUUCUGUUGAUAAUGCAGUGAAAAGUAAAAAAAAACUUGAUGUUCUUUGGAAAUUGUAUAGAUUGCCUGGUGAAAGUGUCGAAGAUGUUAAGAACCGAUUACUGAUGCCUAUAGAAAGUGAAGUUCAAAUAAAAACUGAAGUUUUAUCUAAUGAAGAUGAAAACAGUAAUACUGAAGAUAUUUCAGUUAUUAAUAUAAAGGAAGAGCCUAAUACUUAUGAUGAUUAUUCUUUGGAGGUUCAAGAAGCUAGUCAAAGUAUUAAUGAGCUAGAAAAUCAUUCUGAUUCUGAUCCAGAUAAUGUUGAUUUCUUGAUCCAGCAAGAUUAUAAUGUUGCAAAUAGUUAUGAUUCUGAAUUGGAACAUGAUAGUUACAAUGAAAAUGAUUCUUGUGAUAGUAGCCAGAAAGAAGAAAGUUCAGAUAAUGAAAAAGAGGAGUCUUCCUGGGACUCUAAUGAUGAGUCAAUGGAUGAACUCGAAAAAUGGAGACAAGAAGUUAAGAAUUCUUUUAAUAAGCAAUCAUUAAGGGAAUUGCAAAAUGAUACCAUAAUAGAACCUAUUAUUGAAAACUGCAAUUCAGAAGAGCCAGAGGUGAUUAAUGAUUUCGUUAAUAACUUUUUGUUAUCAGACAUGCUUGAAAUAGAAAUUGAUGAGAAUGAGAAAGAAAAUAUGUUUGUAGAAUUUAAUAAUACAGCAGAGAAUGAUAAAUGGGAAGAAGUAAACUGGAAUUUUGAAAAAUCAUCAGAAUCUGUUAUAAACUCGUUGUUGACUCGAGAAGCGUUAAAUCCUAUGUUCAAAGUAUCGAAGUCUAGACCAUUUCAAAGUAAGCAGAAAAAUAAGAUACUAACAAAAAGAACACUUGUUGAGACGAGACGAGUACCAAAACUAAUAAUCAAGAAAGAGCCUUAUUACCAUAUCAAGCAAGAGUCAGACACCGCUAUCAGUAAACCACUCGUCUAUGACAUGUAUGGCACUCGCACGACCAAUUACGAUUACUUUCCACAAUCAAAAGAAUCUCCUUUGCAAAAUGACAUUGUUGCAAGCGAUAGUAGCAAUGAAGAAUCGGUCAUAGAAACUAUCGCUCAAAGAAUCAAAAAUGUACCUCGUCGUGCGUCACAAAACGACGAAAAAAAGAUGAAUGGAAACCAGGAUGCGCUGGAGCUGAAAAAUUGGUUUCCCAAGAGUGAACUGGACAGCCGCAAAAGAAAAAAGUCCGAUGACGAGUGGUUGGUACCAUCAGAUUUAUCGUCUAAUUCGGACUUGGACGAAAGCGAUAUUAAGGUGCUGAGGAGAAAACGAAAAAAAAUAAGAUCCAGCAUCGAUGAGCAAGAAUGCCAGCCUGCAUCAACAACGUCGGGCAACAGCAAGCAACAGCAGCAGGCAUUGACCUUAGCAAUGGACCUAAGUACAGCGAAAGUCGAGUCGUAUUCCUUACAGAAAGAUCUGAUCGAAUUCACGCAAGAGGGAGGCUUCACGAUGAAAACGCAAGAGAAGGAGAAGAAGGAUGUCGUGCAGAACGAAAAACCAAAGGAAGAAGAGAACGAUGCUACUACGGAUUCUGAGUCUGACUCAAGUUCGUGCUGCUCGCGACCCUCAUGCUCGUGCUCCUCGUCUUCAAGUUCCUCUAGUUCGAGCGACGAUGAGAAUGAUAAACAGGCGAAAUAGCAAGAUUUGUAGUUACUAUGUUCUUUCUUUUUUUAUUUUUUCGUUCUCGUAAAAAUGUCGGUGCUUAGGUCAUUUUGUUACUAAUUUUGUUAAUUUCGUUUAGCAUAAUUAACAUUAUAUUUAUUUAAUAUUAUUUUUUUGUAUUAAGUACU